AUGACACCCAUAGAAGUAUUCAAUAAGGAUCAUAAAGAAUUACUUAAAGUAGGCGAAGAAGCAAUGAAGGAGACAGCCAAUUCAUGUAUGCUUGUAGCAACUCUCAUUUCUACAGUGGUCUUCGCUGCAGCUCUCACAGUUCCUGGUGCUAGCAAUAAGAUAUUAAAUACUCCUUUUUUUGGCAAAGAGGAGUGGUUUACGAUUUUCAUCCUUUCAAAUGCAGUUUCACUCUUUACCUCUGCAGCAUCAAUAGUGUUGCUGCUGAUCAUUCUAACUUCAAGCUAUGCACAAAAUGAGUUUAUGUAUUCAUUGCAUGCAAGGUUGAUGUUCGGGCUCACAACACUCUUCAUCUCCAUAACAACCAUGGUAUUGGCCUUUAUCGCUGCCAUCUUUUUGAUCUUUGACUGCAAGUUGGAAUGGGUUCCAUAUGUCAUUGCUUCACUUGCUUGUGCUCCUGUUGUUUUAUUUCUUGCGUUACAUUCUAAUCUUUGGGCUGAUUUGAUCCGCUCUUAUUACUGGUCUAAGUUUUUAUUCCAGCCAAGCAAGUACCGAAUUUUCUAG